AGGUCACCAGGGACAGACUCCAGGGGCUGCUGAGCAAGGGGCCAGACCAAGGAGAGGGUACACCUCAUCACGUCAACAAUACUAUCCAAAGACUGGCACUGCCUUUCUCCUAAUAAGAAAAUUAGGAAGUAACUGAAGAAAAAAAAAUUAAGGGAAAUAGAUGACAGAAACUAAAAAGGAUUAAUUUAGAGAGAAUAAAGGCAAGUGGCCUCUGAGCUCAGUUCCAGUUCCCGGAGGCCAGUGGACAUCAGCUGAGCUCCAGGGAGACAACCCAGGCAGGCAGGACAUGUGGCCGCUCGCGGUUCUGUUCCUUCUCAUCAUCCAAGGCUACUUCUCCAAAUGCCAGGAUGGGGUGGUGAGAGGCACAGCAACGGGCACACUGACCACACACUGUGUGUAUGGCCCAGGAUGGGAAUCCUACAACAAGUGGUGGUGCCGUGGAGAAAACUGGAUGUCCUGCAAGAUCCUUGUAAAAACCACCGGGUCAGAGCAACUGGUGAAGAAGGGCAGAGCCUCCAUCCAGGACAAUCCCAGCCGACGCACAUUCACCAUGACUUUGGAGGAUCUCCGGUACGACGAUGCAGGCACCUACUGGUGUGGGAUUGAGAGAAUCGGUUCAGACCUGGGGUUCAAAUUUUCUGUGAUUAUUGACCCAGAACCGGAUCCAACAGACUCCCCCAAGCCUGUGCCAAGCACCACACCAGCCAGUUGGGACUCCUCACCUCUGUUUACCCAGGGCACCAAUAGCAGCCAGCCCGUGACUCUGAUCAACCCCAUAAGCAGGUCGGGGACGAUGGCCUCCUCUGUAGCAGCCAAGAAGCCUCCUGUGUGGACCCUCCUGCUGCCUCUUUUCCUUGUGACCCUGGAGGGGCUCUGCCAAAGAUGAUGGACCAUUGCAGCAUGCAGGACUCUGGCCAAUGAUGGGUUUUAAAAUUCCCAACCAACCAGUCCCUCUAAAAACCAGAAUUAAACCAAAAAGCUUGAGGGGGUUGCACAUGGUCAGAGACCCCCGAAGACCAGGUGUGCAGAGUCCUGC